AUGCAUAUACCACAGCCAGCACACUGUGAAGAUGAAUCUUGCGAUCGAGUACCACCCCCAGCCGUCGUCCUGAACCGUUGUCCCCUCCUGACCUCUCGUGCGAUCACAAAUGGAUCCCUCGGCUUUAUCGUUAGCUACGAAAGUUCUCUGGUAACCCCAAAUGACAAAAUCCUUGAAUUGGAUCGCUGGUGCUUCCACGGCAAUGCAGAGGAACCACAUGCCGAAUCGAUCCUGGAAUAUGGCUCGGCCUGUAGACGGUGUCACACAUUCGAUAACGAGGAGUUCGACGAGCGCAUUGCUGUAGCCGAGGAAAAGCUUGCGAGGGAGGACAGGCCAGACCGUAUUCCAGAAUUUGCGAAUACCGGUUGA